AUGGUACGCCAAUCGAAUGGACGAAGUUUGAUUUGUGGUACGCAUGCUUAUUCACCAAAAUGUCGAGAAUAUGUGUAUUCCAAUGAUGAUCGAAUGCUCCAACAAAGGCGGCAGUUUGAUGGACAGGCCAUAUCUCCUUACGAUCCUCGUCAUAAUUCAACAGCGGUGUAUAUAGCUGAUACGAAUGAAAUUUACACGGGGACGGUUUCGGAUUUUGCCGGUAACGACCCGCUUAUUUAUAGGAAAAGAUUAUCGGAUGAUGAGGGAUUGAGGACACAACGUGAUGAUCUCAAAGUACUCGAUGGUAAGAGAUACUCUUUAUUUUAG